CUGACAUUGUUCCAACAUGUCACGAAAUGGCGACAAUGAAAGCGACGGGAGGUGCGUCUCCAAGUCGAAAAAUUACCGUUUUAAGUCACGUGAAAUAUGAGCACCUGGUUGCUGGCAUAUCGGGAGGUGUAGCAUCAACUCUUAUUCUCCAUCCCUUGGAUCUCAUCAAAAUUAGGUUUGCAGUGAAUGAUGGACAGACUCCUGCUCCGCAGUAUCAAGGACUUCGAAAUGCAAUGACAACAAUAUUUCGACAAGAAGGAGCACGUGGCCUAUAUAGAGGGGUCACCCCAAAUAUCUGGGGCUCUGGUAGUGCAUGGGGCUUCUACUUUCUUUUUUACAACACAAUAAAGACAUGGAUUCAAGGAGGGAACACCAAGAAACCUCUGGGACCAACCUUGCAUAUGGUAGCGGCAGCCCAGGCUGGGAUUCUCACACUUAUUAUGACAAACCCCAUCUGGGUAGUAAAGACUCGCUUAUGUCUUCAAUACUCUGAAGCAGAUAAAACCAGGUUGCCAGAGAGCAAGCGGUACGUGGGUAUGGCAGAUGCACUCAACAAGAUCUACUGCAAUGAAGGAAUUCGUGGCCUUUACAAGGGUUUUGUACCAGGGAUAUUUGGUGUCUCUCAUGGUGCUAUCCAGUUUAUGACAUAUGAAGAAAUGAAAAAUACUUAUAAUCAAUAUAGAAUGGUUCCCAUCGAUACAAAAUUGGGCUCGAUGGAAUACCUUACAUUUGCAGCAUGUUCUAAACUUUUGGCAGCAGCAUUAACGUACCCAUACCAAGUGGUAAGAGCACGUCUACAGGACCACCACCACGACUACAAAGGCUCUUGGGACUGUGUUUGUCGCACCUGGAGGUAUGAGAGAGUGCUGGGAUUUUACAAAGGCCUGAGUGCUAACUUGAUUCGUGUGACUCCAGCCACCAUGAUCACAUUCCUCGUUUAUGAAAACGCUUCACAUUUCUUGCUGAAUUUAAGUAACCAAGACCUGGGCAGUGAUGCAGCUUUAUCUGACAAGAAAUAGUGAUUAAAUCAUAACCCAGAAGUCUGGAUACUUUUUCACUAGUUGAUUUAAUUUUCAUGUGACAUACAAUGAGAGAAAAGUAUAAUAAUAAUGUGAUAACAACAACAACAAUAGUAAUAACAAUAAGAAAUGAAGUGCAUAUUACUCUAGUUAAUGCAGCUUAGCUAAGAAGAAGGAACCAAUAUUGAAUGUUACAUGCAUUACAAUUGCCAGAAAUUGAAUGUAUAUAACAUUUUUGUUAUGUAACCCUUUAAAUUACGUUAGGGAACGCGGAUGAAUGCAGUAUGUAAGAUCAUUUAAUAAAUAUGAUAGGAAAAGCUACAAACCUGCUGUAUACAGAAAAUGAGAAAGAGGGAAUUACACCUAUCCUGCUUCAGCUCACUCUUUAAAAUUGUGGUAAAUUUUUUCCUUCCAUUCUUUUAACAUUAAGUGAUGUCUCUGAAUAAGCCAUAGUUAGCAGAGUAAUGUCAUAAGAUGUGGCAUAACAUUCAUGUGAAGUAUAUUGUUCCUGUGUGUUUGUGUUGUAUGUAGCAGAAGUGCAUAAUAAAUAUAAAUGUUUAAAAUUGUAUGUUUACUUACUAAAGCUACUGCCUAAUUGACUAUUCAUUACACUGAAAAAUUGUAAAGCAGUCAGUGGAUCUCUUGAGAAAAAGUGUACAUUUGUAUUUUUGUGUAAGAAAUUUCCACAAAAAAGGCUAGUGAUAAAAGUGUUUGCUUCUUGCAUAUAUGUGUGUGUGCAUGCAGUAAUUUCUCUUAUUUGAUACUGCUUUAUGUGAUGAUGAUAAAACAAUAUCUGUUGGAAUAUUUAGUAUAAAAUGUCAAAGUGACUUUCA